AAGGCCUCCAUAAUCGGAGAAGUAUCAGGCUUUCAACCCGACACAGAUGUCGACGAAUUGACAAACGCCUUCUCAGAAUUAAAGAUUUGUCAGGUCAGUCAAAGCAAUCAAGAAGCAAAAGACACGAGUAGAAUCGAUAAGUUGGAAUCUAGUAUAAGUGAACUUACCAAAGUCAUCAAGAAUAUGUCAAACAAUAAGAAUCAAUAUAUACGAAAUCAACCAAGAGGCUCAUCACAAACUGAUUGGUGCCAAAGGCAAGGUCCUGAAAGAGUGUUGGCAGGUUCUCAAUCAAACCAACCCGAGAUUCGAAAAUGUUACAGUUGUAACCAAGAAGGCCACAUAUCUCGGAACUGUCUAAUGAAAACAACAUCUAAAAGAUUGGACGACCUAAAUAAAAGAGAAAAAGGGAUCGAUAAGGAAAAUAUGAAUAUUAGUGGUGCUGAUAUCUGA